GCUGAUGGUCGCGGUUAUGGCUUAUGGCGGACCUCUCGUUGCCAUCAUUUCCGCAGGCUCAGCAGCCUCAAAUCAUUCGUGCAAACCAAAGGGAUCUCUAUCAUGUGUCUAUACUGAGGGAACAGACGGAAGCUGUUUUUAGGUCAUGGUUGGGUCAGUCUCCCUUCCUAGAUCGAUGUACUAGCAGACUAAACGCUGGCUAGGAACAAGAUGGCUGACAAGGUGGGAUAAGGAGCUGGAGUUGAUGGUGAAACUUGUUUAUCAUGGUCUUGCAACUGGUCGAGCUAUCCAAACAUUGGGAGAAGAGUAUACGGAUAUAUGGCAGCACUCGACAUACGGGAAUAUGAUUCCCUCGAUCCAGUCAAGGGCUGCUCUUGUCCUUCUUCCAACGUUACCUUCCUACCUUCUUGCGCGGGGCGGCUCUUACCUAAGUUCGUUGCCGCCCAGGAUAGCGUCGACCAUACGUUGGAUCCCUCCAACAAUAGAGGUUGCGUCUGAGAUCAACUUAGCCAUAUUCUAUCUGCGAGGAACGUAUUAUGACUCGGUAAAACGACUGCUCGGAAUUUCAUACCUAUCAACGUUUCCUGAAAAUCCUCAUGUGCGGCCACCUUCGUACUCCUUACUUGGUAUUUUACUUGCAGUCAGACUUAUGCAUCGUCUCGUUGCCUAUAUCCGACAACGAAGAUCCGCUCAAGCUAAAGAAUCAAAAGAAAAACGCCCCCUCGAUGAUGCACAGGAAGCUUUCAUCGAUGACCGUCCUGUUUCUUCUAUGAUACGGCCUGUGGAUCCUGACAAUGAGCCUGUCGUUCCGGCAGAGCAAGACCAGCAUACUGUCAUGGACUUUUCUUCGGUAUCGACAGAACUGAGAGCUAGUCGGAGCUGUACACUAUGCCUAGAAGAACGUACUGACAGCUGUGUCACCGAAUGCGGCCACCUUUUCUGUUGGAGUUGUAUAGUUGGGUGGGGUAGGGAAAAGGCCGAGUGCCCGUUGUGCCGACAGUCACUUAUUCUUACACGUUUAUUGCCUGUGUAUAAUCUCUGAUGAUACACGUUAUCGACAAAUCGCCUCAGGUCGAUUCGAGCCCUUGUAAGAUCAGUAGUAGGUAACAGAAUCGUACAUUGUCAAGCACAACAUAUACCAGUGUGUGCAAGGCGAGAUUUUACAUCAAUAAAACUGAAUUUAAUCAUACCACUUGCUGGAUUAGUGUGAUAUUAUCGCCCUUGAGAAGGAUGCGACCAAGUUCUCGCCGAGGUUUUGCGUCUUUAACGUACACUUCUGCUGCUUCAUCCAUUACCACAUUCAUGAACUCAUCGAAUCCAGUUAUACGUCCUUCGAUCCGCAUCUCGACGUUGUCAUACAGCCAGAUUGAAACUUUUGUCCGCUGUUGAAGGUUUUUGAAAAUAACGUUGAUGGGCUGAACCAUCACCCUUUGCUGACGUCCCGACAUGAUAAGCAAUGAAGUGGAUUGAAAUGCGAGAUGACGGUUGAAGAUAAGGGAUUGAAUGGUCUCUCGCUACCAGUGCAGACGAUCACUGGCGAAUCGCACCAAAGUGCCAGGCCAAAACAGACUACAUGCCCUGGGUUAGGGUUUCUGUUCAUGUCAGCGUUUCUCACGCGACACCUUUCAUCUUCUGCUCUUGGUCGCCAAAGAGCAAGAAAACAACCGACGCGUCCGUCACGGCAUACCACCAUGGAGGCAUUCAGUCCCUCCACCUCAUCAACCGCGGCUGCGGUCACCUUCAUCACCUUUGUACAAGACCUUAAACGCAAGACAAAAACAUGGGGUCCAAUGAUAGAACUUUGCGCCAACGGCGAGAAAACUUUAGAACGUUUCCGAUACCAAUUCCCAGACGACUGGCUAUACAGCGACCAACUCAGAGGAGAAUGGAGCGCUUAUAAUGAAAUUCUCAAGCGAAAGAACGAUUCCAUCCAGGAGCAGCUGGCUGGAUUACAACUCAAGAUCGUUGCGGAGGACAAGAUUGUGGAGAACAAGAUAAACGAUAUUCUGAGAGAGUGGGAGCAAACUCGUCCUGUGCAAGGCAGUCUGCGCGCUGACACGGCGAUGAACACUAUCAAUGUUUUCGAAGGGAAACUGACGCGUGUACAAGAAGAAUACGACCUCGUUUGUAGGGCGAAGGAGGCAUUGGACCUUGAACUCACCCGUCACACGCGGUUGGAACCCGUUUUUGAAGAAUUGCGAGACCUCAAGGCCGUUUGGACUGCGCUGUCAGGAAUAUGGAACCAAAUUGGGGAACUAAAGGAAAUAUCGUGGGCUACCGUUCAGCCGAGGAAGCUUAGACAGCAAAUUGAUGGGCUAUUGACCUCAACGAAGGAUAUGCCUACUAGAAUGAGACAGUAUGCUGCAUUCGAAUAUGUUCAGGACAUUCUUCGCGGCUUGUUGAAGUCUAAUUCCGUUAUAUCGGACUUGAAGUCAGAAGCUUUGAAGGAUCGCCACUGGAAGCAACUUUUCAAAGGGUUGAGAUUGUCUUCUCAAAUCGCUCUUCCCUCGAUGACUUUAGGACAUGUAUACGAUUUGGAUCUCAAGAAAAAUGAGGUUGUAAUUAGAGAAGUCAUCGUGCAGGCACAAGGAGAGAUGGCUCUCGAGGAAUAUAUCAAGCAAGUUAAAGAAAUCUGGACUAACUAUACCCUCGACCUUGUUAAUUAUCAGAAUAAAUGUCGCCUUAUCAGAGGAUGGGACGACUUGUUCAAUAAGUGCAGCGAAAACUUGAACUCGUUAACCGCAAUGAAACUUUCUCCCUACUAUAAAGGUUCUUGGGAGGAGAAGCUAAACAGGAUUCAUGUUCUCUUUGACGUUUGGAUCGAUGUACAACGUCAAUGGGUGUAUCUGGAAGGUAUCUUCUCGGGUAGCGCCGAUAUUAAGCAUCUACUACCCGUAGAAAGUGCUCGCUUCCAAAACAUAAAUGCAGAGUUCCUUACAGUGAUGAAGAAGGUCUACAAGUCGCCUUUCGUCGUGGACGUCAUGAAUAUUCAGGGAAUCCAGAAGAGUCUUGAGCGUCUCGCAGACCUGCUCAACAAGAUUCAGAAAGCGUUAGGAGAGUAUUUGGAGCGCGAACGUUCUUCUUUCCCUCGAUUCUACUUCGUGGGAGACGAAGAUCUUCUAGAAAUUAUUGGUAACAGCAAAGACAUCUUACGGAUUCUGAAGCAUCUCAAGAAAAUGUUUGCGGGUAUAUCGACAAUCGCUCUUGACGAGGACUUGACGCAGAUACAGGGAAUGGCCUCACGAGAGGGCGAAGAAGUCAAAUUCAGCCAACCGAUCCUUCUUAAGGACUUCCCGAAGAUCAAUGACUGGCUAGCGAAAGUCGAGUCUAUGAUGCGAUUGUCCUUGGCAGACUUGCUUAGUGAUGCUGUGGCCGAACUUCAGUCAUUUUAUGGCACCGGUUCUUUAGUUAUGGAUCAGCUUAUGGCUUGGAUGGAGAAAUAUCCGGCACAGCUCGUCACCCUAGCCGUCCAAGUUGCCUGGACAGCAUCUGUCGAAGAAUCCUUGGAGGCUGGCGAAUCUCCCGAAGGCUCGCUUGAGACUGUUCGUCAAGCUCUGGAUCUUCUCGCCGACAUCGUUUUACAGGAACUGAGUCCUGUUACUCGUCGGAAAUGCGAGCAUCUCAUUACAGAGCUUGUGCAUCAAAGAGAUGUCAUCCGCCUUCUGAUUCAGCAGCGCGUUACCGAUCCCAAGUCGUUCACUUGGCUUUACCAAAUGCGCUUUUACCUCGAUCGCGCUGUCGAAAGCCCCCUUGAUCGAUUGGCAAUUCGAGUUGCAGACGCUUCUUUCCCUUACGGAUGGGAAUAUCUUGGUGUUCCCGAUCGUUUGGUGCAGACUCCUCUAACCGAUCGUGUCUACCUUACUUUGACCCAAGCAUUGGAUAAUCAACUUGGAGGGUCGCCUUUCGGACCUGCUGGGACAGGCAAAACGGAGUCCGUUAAAGCUCUGGGAGUCCAGUUGGGACGAUUCGUGUUGGUUUUCUGCUGUGACGAAACGUUCGAUUUCCAAGCUAUGGGUCGUAUCUUUGUCGGGCUCUGUCAGGUUGGUGCUUGGGGAUGCUUUGACGAGUUCAAUCGACUCGAGGAACGUAUCCUUAGUGCCGUUUCACAACAAGUUCAGAGUAUUCAGCAAGGUCUUGCUGCACUAGUUAAGAACCCUAAUACCGAGAUCGAACUAGUCGGUAAGAAUCUGAAGAUAAACAGGAAUAUUGGUAUAUUCAUCACCACUAACCCGAACUAUGCUGGUCGGUCGCAACUCCCACCUAACUUGACCAAACUCUUCAGGCCUAUGGCUAUGACCAGACCUGAUCGGGAGCUGAUUGCGCAAGUCAUGUUGUUCUCCCAAGGUUUCCGUACCGCCGAGUCUCUUGCAUCUAAGAUUGUUCCCUUCUUCAAUCUAUGUGACGAGCAAUUGUCACCACAGCCUCACUACGAUUUCGGACUUCGUGCUCUGAAAGCUGUGUUGGCUAGUGCUGGUAUUCUCAAGCGUGAACGACUACUGAGCGUAAAGAAAUCGGAGGAAGACGGCGAAGAGGUGUCGGGACUUUCUGAUGCAGUAUCCGAGCAAAUCAUCUUGAUUCAAAGUGUCACCGAAACUAUCGUACCUAAAUUGGUGGCAGACGAUGUUCCUCUUCUUACUACCCUUCUCGCAGACGUAUUUCCAGGCACCGACUAUGUUCCUGUGGAUUUGGAUGCUCUUCGCGAACAGAUUCUCAAAGUUUGUGCAGAGCGUCGUCUUAUGGAUGGCGAACGAUGGAUUGCCAAAAUCCUUCAGCUGUACCAGAUUCAGAAGAUCCAACAUGGUCUCAUGAUGGUUGGCUCUUCUGGAAGUGGAAAGACAAACGCAUGGCAAGUGCUUCUUGCUGCUCUCGAACGGCUCGAUGGUGUCGAAGGUGUCGCCUAUGUAAUUGACCCUAAAGCAAUGCACAAGGAUGCCUUGUAUGGUACCUUGGAUCCAACCACCCGUGAGUGGAAUGAUGGUUUGUUUACCCAUAUCUUGCGUAAGAUUGUCGACGAUGUCCGUGGAGAAAGUGGGAAGAGACAUUGGAUCAUCUUUGAUGGUGAUGUAGACCCCGAAUGGGUAGAGAAUCUGAAUAGUGUCCUGGACGAUAAUAAAUUACUGACCCUUCCUAACGGAGAACGUCUAAACCUGCCACCAAAUGUUCGGAUUAUGUUCGAGGUAGAGCACCUUAGAUAUGCCACUCUUGCCACUGUCAGUCGAUGUGGUAUGAUUUGGUUUAGCGAAGAUGUCGUGGAGCCUUCAAUGGUGUAUCGACACUAUCUCGCCACACUUGCCUCAGUGGCAUUGGAUGCUGAUGAUGAAGACGCACUAGACAUGCCGGGCCGUCGGGUUGAUGUACUAUCCACCGACACAGCAGGGUCAGCUAACCUCAUUACACAAACGCAAGUGGCUUCUAUCCUCGAACGCUACUUCGCCGAUGGAGAUCUCGUCAGCUCUGCUUUAUCUUUCGCCGAAUCCAUCGACCAUAUCAUGGACUUUACCGCAACACGUGCCUUGAAUACACUCUUUUCCCUUCUAAACAAGACCGUUCGUAACAUCAUCGAGUAUAACUAUCAACAUUCUGAUUUCCCCCUACCCCCCGAACGAGUUGAACAAUAUGUAACGAAGCGAUUGCUGGUCAGCAUCAUCUGGGCAUUCUCCGGAGAUGCAAAACUAGAUCUACGCGCAGAAAUGGGCGAUUUCCUGCGCAAACAAACUGGCAUCGACCUUCCGCCAUUAGCUGUAGGCAGUUCUCUCAUUGACUAUGAUGUCCAGAUUGGGACAGGCGAAUGGACAGCUUGGCAGUCUAAGGUCCCCGUCAUAGAGAUCGAAGCUCACGUUGUCACGGCCGCAGAUGUUGUCGUUCCAACGAUGGAUACUGUGCGCCACGAAGAGGUUCUAUAUUCCUGGUUGUCGGAACACAAACCGUUGAUGCUUUGCGGCCCCCCUGGCUCUGGAAAAACUAUGACUCUUUUCAGCGCCCUGCGAAAACUUCCGGAUAUGGAGGUCGUCGGUCUCAAUUUCUCCAGUGCUACUACACCAGAGCUAAUCUUGAAGACAUUUGAGCAAUACUGCGAGUAUAGGAAAACACCUAACGGCGUCAUUCUUGCACCUGUGCAAAUUGGUCGCUGGCUCGUUGUCUUUUGUGAUGAGAUCAAUCUGCCUGCUCAGGACAAGUAUGGAACACAAAGAGUCAUAUCAUUCUUACGUCAACUGGUGGAGUGUGGUGGGUAUUGGCGUGCAAGCGACAUGGCCUGGGUUAAAUUGGAGCGCAUUCAAUUUGUUGGUGCCUGCAACCCUCCAACAGAUCCAGGUCGUGUACCUCUUAGCCAUCGUUUCCUUCGUCAUGCACCACUAGUAAUGGUGGACUACCCUGGAGAGAUUUCCCUCAAACAGAUUUACGGAACAUACAAUCGCGCACUCCUGAAGGUCGUCCCAACUUUGCGAGCAUAUUCAGAGCCGCUCACCGAUGCCAUGGUUGCCUUUUAUCUCGCUUCUCAAAAGCGUUUCACCACAGACAUACAGGCUCACUAUGUCUAUAGUCCUCGUGAACUUACUCGUUGGGUACGCGGUAUAUAUGAAGCCAUCCGACCUCUAGAAAUGUUGUCCGUGGAAGGUCUUGUGCGUGUCUGGGCGCAUGAAGCGUUACGCCUUUUCCAAGACCGUCUUGUGACGGAAGAAGAAAAGCAUUGGACUGAUGAGCAUAUCGACAAUGCUGCUUUAGAACACUUCCCCACCAUUAAUCGAGACGAAGCGUUAACACGUCCUAUCCUCUUCUCUAACUGGACUUCCAAGAACUAUAUUCCUGUGCAGAGAGAGGAAUUGCGUGAGUACACCAAAGCACGACUCAAAAUCUUCUACGAAGAAGAGCUUGAUGUCCCUCUCGUCUUGUUCAACGAUGUGUUGGACCAUGUCUUACGAAUUGAUCGUGUGUUCCGUCAAGUACAAGGUCACUUGCUUCUCAUCGGUGUUAGUGGUAGCGGCAAGACCACUCUUUCACGGUUCGUAGCUUGGCUGAACGGGCUGAGCAUCUUCCAGAUUAAGGUUUCAAACAAGUACACCGGUGAUGACUUCGAUGACGAUUUGCGCACGGUGCUUCGUCGUUCUGGUUGCAAGGGAGAGAAGAUAUGCUUCAUCAUGGAUGAGUCAAAUGUGCUCGAUUCCGGUUUCUUAGAGCGUAUGAACACCCUGUUGGCCAAUGCUGAGGUUCCGGGUUUGUUUGAGGGAGAUGAACACGCGGCAUUAAUGACUGCUUGCAAGGAAGGAUCUCAGAGAGACGGUCUUAUGUUGGACUCGCACGAGGAGCUGUACCGAUGGUUUACACAACAAGUUGCGAAGAAUCUUCACGUUGUCUUCACCAUGAACCCUCCCGAGAAUGGUUUGGCGUCCCGAGCGGCCACAUCUCCAGCGUUGUUCAAUCGUUGUGUCCUUGACUGGUUUGGUGACUGGUCUGACCAAGCUUUCUAUCAAGUCGGAAUGGAGUUCACUCACACUCUUGAUCUCGAUCUACCGUCAUAUUCUCCUCCUGCUCACUUCCCUAUCGCUUAUAGGGAACUGUCAAUGCCUCCCGUGCAUCGUACAGCUGUAGUCAAUGGGCUUGUCUACGUGCACUCAUCAUUGCAUCAAAUUAACCAGCGUCUGAGCCGUCGGCAAGGUCGCUAUAAUUACGUGACUCCUCGUCACUACUUGGACUUCAUCAAUCAUUAUGUGAGGCUCUACAACGAAAAACGUGACGAGUUGGAAGAGCAGCAACGCCACUUGCACGUCGGUCUCGAUAAACUUAAAGAUACAGUGACACAAGUGGAGGAGUUAAGAAAGAGUCUAGCAAUAAAACGUUCACAGCUCGAGGCGAAAGAUGCUGAAGCAAACGAGAAGUUGAAGCGUAUGGUUGCCGACCAGCAAGAAGCCGAGCAGAAAAAAGCUGCCUCCAUCGAGAUCCAGGCCGCACUCGUUGAACAGGACAAUCAUAUCGCUCAGCGACGAGCAGUUGUCAUGGCUGACCUCGCAGAUGCCGAACCGGCCGUUCUUGACGCCCAAGCAGCCGUCAGUAGCAUUAAGAGACAACAUCUGCAAGAAGUUCGUACCAUGGCCAAUCCUCCUGAAGCCGUAAAACUUGCAAUGGAAUCUGUUUGCACUAUCUUGGGCCACAAGAUUGACAGCUGGCGCACUGUCCAAGGUAUCAUCCGUCGAGAUGAUUUCAUUCAGAGGAUCGUCAACUUCGAUACAAACAACCAAAUGACCAAACCUCUACGCGAUUUGAUGAAGAGGGAUUUCGUUAGCAGACCGUCUUACAAUUUCGAAACCGUUCAACGUGCCAGUAAAGCUUGUGGCCCACUCGUUAAAUGGGUACUUGCACAAGUACGCUUUUCCGAGAUCCUGGAUAAGGUUGAGCCGCUUCGCAAUGAAGUCCAAUCUCUCGAGACGCAAGCCGAAACUACCAAGAAGCAGGCUGCGCAGAUAAUUACCAUGAUUUCAGAGUUAGAGGCCAAGAUUGGGAAAUAUAAAGAGGAGUAUGCGCUAUUGAUCAGUGAGACCCAGGCUAUCAAAUCCGAGAUGGAACGUGUGCAGAGUAAAGUGGACAGAAGUAUGAAGCUGUUGGAGAGUCUGUCAUCCGAAAAAGGUCGAUGGGAAUCUGGAAGUCGUACUUUCGAUGCCGAAAUGAGUACCAUCGUUGGCGAUGUUUUGCUUUCUGCCGCAUUCCUGGCGUAUGGCGGUUUCUUCGAUCAGCAUUAUCGAGAGGUCAUGUGGCAAGAGUGGUCCAACCAUCUUUCAGAGGCCAAUAUCACAUUCAAGCCAGAGCUAUCUCUUGUCGAAUAUCUCUCAUCGGCGGACGACCGAUUAAGCUGGCAGUCCAAGUCGCUUCCCUCCGACAACCUCACUACCGAAAAUGCUAUAAUGCUCAAACGGUUCAAUCGUUAUCCAUUGAUUAUUGAUCCUACUGGCCAAGCCACGACAUUCUUACUGAACGAGUACAAAGAACGCAAGAUAACAGUCACAAGCUUCCUGGACGAAGCCUUCCUCAAAGUCCUAGAGAGCGCGCUGCGGUUUGGUAACCCACUGCUUAUUCAAGAUGUUGAACAUCUUGAUCCUAUCCUGAAUGCUGUCUUAAAUAAAGAGAUCCGGAGGACUGGUGGACGUGUCUUGAUUCGUCUUGGUAGUCAAGAUAUCGACUUUUCGCCAUCAUUCACCAUGUUCUUAUCCACGCGAGACCCAUCUGUCGAAUUCUCUCCCGACAUUUGCAGUCGAGUAACGUUUGUUAACUUCACAAUGACUAGAAGCAGUUUACAAAGUCAAUCACUGGAUCAAGUGCUGAAAGUGGAGCGGCCCGACACCGAACGGAAGCGCACAGAUCUCAUGAAAGUUCAGGGCGAAUUCCGUUUGCGUCUUCGUACACUGGAGAAACUCUUGUUGCAAGCUUUAAAUGAAUCAACAGGCAAUAUUCUUGACGAUGACAAGGUUAUUGGAACACUAGAAACACUCAAGAGAGAAGCUGCCGAGAUCACUCAUAAAGUAGAGGAAACCGAUGUUAUCAUGAAGGAAGUGGAACAGGUCACGUCUGAAUACCUACCGCUGGCGCAAGCCUGCAGCUCUAUCUUCUUCAUUUUGGAACAGCUCAACCUGGUCAAUCAUUUCUAUCAAUUUUCCUUGCGCUUCUUCCUGGAUAUCUUUGAUUAUGUCCUUCAUCACAAUCCCAACCUCAAGAAUGUAUCUGAUCACCAUCGUCGUCGCGAAAUUUUGCUUAGUGACCUUUUCCUGAUUGUCUACAAGCGGACAUCAAGAGCGUUGUUUUACCGUGAUCACCUCAUGCUCGCUGUGUUGUUGGCACAGGUCAAAUUGCGUAGCAUAGAGGAAAUCGGCGAUGAACUUGAAUUCCUUCUUGAAAGCGGACAGGGUAUUGUUACAGCUCCGGGUGCUGCAGAAGCAACAACUUCCCCAAUAUUGACAGCUGAUCAAAACCUUCGCCUUGAAAAUUACGCCAAGCAAGCACUCUUCAGGCCUGUUCUAACCCAUAUUACAGAACGCGAAAAUGACUGGGUGCCAUUCUUGGAGUCGAGUAAUCCGGAGUCAAACGUGCCUAUGCCUUGCGAGCCUAGCACACCUGCCGUCGAAGCCAUCCGCGCUAUGUUGAUUAUAAAGUGUUUGCGUCCUGAUCGUCUUCUACAAUCAACUGCCUCGUUUGUCAGGACAGUAUUUGAAUCUGACCUAUCUGCCCAAUCUGGAUUCGAUCUCGGAGCUAUGGUUGCCGACGAGGUACCCCCUGCUACCCCUCUGGCUCUGAUAUCUGUUCCAGGUUAUGAUGCCAGCUACCGUGUUGAACUCCUUAUUCAAAACACUGGAGCUCGUUCCUCCUCUGUCGCCAUGGGCUCUCAGGAAGGCUUUACAUUAGCCGAUCAGGCCAUCGCUGCAGCCUCUCGGCAAGGAAGCUGGGUGCUACUUAAGAACGUACACUUAGCACCAACAUGGCUAGGUCAAUUGGAGAAGAAAUUGCAGACCCUCAACCCUCAUCGUAAUUUCCGCCUCUUUUUGACUAUGGAAGCCAAUCCUUCGAUUCCUGUUAAUAUUUUGCGGCAGUCGCGUAUCAUUAUGAACGAACCCCCUCCUGGUAUCAAGGCCAAUCUUCUAGACUCACUUCGUAGUAUUUCUUCAAAUCGUCUUGCCCAAGGACCUGCCGAGAAAGUUCGUUUAUACUUCCUGCUUGCAUGGUUCCACGCUGUGGUACAGGAACGUCUCCGCUAUGUCCCAUUAGGAUGGAGCAAGCCAUACGAUUUCAAUGAUUCUGAUAUGGCUUCCGCUUUUGGCACCAUAGACACUUGGUUGAACGCAAUCGCCAAAGGACGAGCAAACGUUGACCCAGCCAUUAUUCCGUGGGACGCACUCAGAACAUUGAUCAAACAGUCUGUCUACGGUGGCAGGGUUGAUAGCGACUUCGACCAGCGCAUUUUGGAUACCUUCGUUGACGGCCUGUUUACUCCUACGGCGUACAAUGUGGACUUCAAUCUUGUGCCUAACGUUAAUGGUUCUCAACUUCUCGAAGCACCAGAUGGCACUAAAUUGGAGCACUUCAUGACUUGGGUUCAGAGAUUGCCUGAUCGUGAGCCUCCUUCAUGGCUCAGCCUUCCUCCUACUGCGGAGCGCGUCAUUGCUGUUGCUCAAGGUAACGAGUUAUUGGGCAAAUUGCGUAAGAUGCGAAUGUUAGCAGAUGACGACGACGAAGUGACGGCUGCUGCUGGUCCCUCGAAAGGACAAGCUUCGCAGCAGCCAGCUUGGAUGAGAGCACUUCACGACCGCUGCCGCGAGUGGUCCUCGCAGCUUCCUGCCACGUUCAACACUCUACCAAAACAAUCGAACGACAACCCAGACCCACUGUAUCGUCUCUUUUUCCGCGAGGGCAGCAUCGGGCGCAAGCUUCUGGAUCAAGUCAGGAAGGAUCUGGCUGACGUGAUCAAAGUAUGCGAAGGCGUGUUGAAGCAAACUAAUCAUCUUCGAACGCUUAUGAGUUCUCUAACCAAAGGUACCAUACCUUCACAUUGGCGGCGAUACAAAGUCCCUAAACAAAUGUCUGUUUCCGAGUGGAUUCCCGAUCUCGCAAGGCGUCUCGCACAAUUAGACGGGAUUACCAGCAUGGAUAAUAGUCUUUCACACGUGGAGGUGUGGCUUGGUGGUUUGUUCUUCCCCGAGGCGUAUGUGACUGCCACACGCCAAGCAGUCGCACAUCGUAAGCGGUGGAGCCUGGAGACGCUGAACUUAAGACUGGACAUUGGACGAGUGAAUGAUCCUGGCGCAUUCAUCGUUGAUGGUCUUGUAUUGGAAGGUGCUGCUUGGGCCACAGAUAAUCUCGUCCUGAACGAUGGCGAGUCCGUUAGACUAAAUCCCUCGCAAAUACGAUGGAUACAAGAAGAUGAGUCAUCUAAAGAAGAAGAGCGCAGGAAUAUGGUGACCCUACCGGUAUACCUGAAUAGCGACCGAAGCGACGUGCUGUUUACAGUUGACUUACCAUUUGAUGAGAACGCGGGGGCGCUAGUGGCAAUGAGAGCCGUAUGUCUUAGCGCAGGGGGCUGAAAGAUAGAAUAGUUCGAGGUGAUUUGAUGUUCGCUCUUUCACAUACCCAUACCAUUAUACCUACUUUUGCAUGCAUUCAUGAUAUAAUCGGACAGAUUACGACCUUUCACGAGUACAAGAUUUUUAGUUCACACACAAUACAUCAUCGCUUUAUUUUAUGACCU